GCGUGUUCCUCCCACUAUUUUCCACUGAGCGACAAGGCUGCACAUUGUGCUCACACCGGCCAGCCAGCCAAGGUUACACAGUCGCUUUCUCUCCCUCGCCUCUCAAGGGUUGAUCUGACUGUCACAAGCAGAGCAAUGGAGUCUGAUAUUACAUGAUCCAUGGGCAGCUGUUUGAAUCCAUAACCAAGGACAGACCGAUCAAGCAAGCAGUAAUGCACCAACAUAACUUGACAGCUAAGGCAAGAGAGCAUGCACAAAGAUUUAGAGGUGACAAAUGGAGACCUUCAAUCAUAAACUAAACACAUACUUAGAGUCAUGGAUGGGCCCCAGGGAUCAGAGGGUGCGGGGAUGGCUGCUGCUCGACAACUACCCACCAACCUUUGCACUCACAGUCAUGUACCUUCUAAUCGUGUGGAUGGGGCCCAAGUACAUGAAACACAGACAGCCGUACUCCUGCAGAGGCCUCCUGGUGCUCUACAAUCUGGGCCUCACACUCUUGUCCUUCUACAUGUUCUAUGAGCUUGUUACCGCCGUGUGGCACGGUGGCUACAACUUCUACUGCCAGGACACUCACAGUGCACAGGAAGUGGAUAAUAAGAUCAUAAAUGUCCUGUGGUGGUACUACUUCUCCAAGCUCAUUGAGUUCAUGGACACCUUCUUCUUCAUACUACGAAAGAAUAACCACCAGAUCACGUUUCUUCACAUCUACCACCAUGCUAGCAUGCUGAAUAUCUGGUGGUUCGUUAUGAACUGGGUACCCUGCGGCCACUCAUACUUUGGCGCCUCCCUAAACAGCUUCGUCCACGUCGUUAUGUAUUCUUACUACGGCCUGUCAGCCAUCCCAGCCAUCCGGCCAUACCUUUGGUGGAAGAAGUACAUCACACAGUUUCAGCUGAUCCAGUUCUUUCUAACCAUGUCGCAGACGAUGUGCGCGGUCAUAUGGCCCUGCGGCUUCCCCAGGGGAUGGCUGUACUUCCAAAUAAGUUACAUGGUCACACUCAUCUUCCUCUUCUCAAACUUCUACGUUCAGACUUACAAGAAGCACAGUGGCUCUCUAAAGAAGGAGCACCAGAACGGCUCUCCUGCAUCUACAAAUGGACAUGCAAAUGGGACGCCGUCAAUGGAGCACACCGCACACAAGAAGCUGAGGGUGGAUUGACAUUUGAGAAACCGCCACCCAAUUCUCACUGUAGCGUGUUAGCUAAUGCUGCUAGGAGGUUUAAGUAUCUUCUUAUCUAGAAUAGUUUAGCGCUCACAUGAGAUGAAAUAAGCCAUAGCCACAUAUAUCCAGAGACUUUCCAUGUUUUUGCACACGUUCCUACUCAUGGUAUUUAAUUAUUAAAUGAAUAUAGGAGAGUAUUGUAGUAUGGUUGCACAAUAUUGCCUCCCCCAACCCUCUAGAAGAAAUUCACUCCAAAGUAAAAAAUCUCUUCCUUGCUACCAGCAAACAAACACACACUUUGACUCAUCCAGUGAUGCUUUACACACAGAAGGUCCAAUGAUGAAAGCUGCAGUGAGUGUGUUGGCAGAAGGUUGGCUGAAGGUUUCAUCACCCUCGAUGACAUUUCUGUUUCGGUGACCUAAGGGACAAUUAAAGUACCGUGGCACUUAUGGUCCUUAAUGUGUAACUAGCGCAUGUUGUGUCUCGCUUUAUCUCACUCCUGCCUGUGCUGUUGCAUAAUCCUUAAAUCUGCCAAGUACUGUAAUGCGUUUUUUAUUGACAGGUUGCGACAGCUGAUGUUUUGCUGUAUAUUUGCAGAGCAGGGUUUCCAAUUUGGAAUAUUUAGCCAUCCAACCAAAGCAUAACCAAAGCAUAGUGUACCAGGAUUCAUAUUUAAACCUGUUUUAAGACACAGUGUCAGAGGGCAGUGCUGUUUUAUGAGCACAAUAUAAACUCUACCUAACAUCCCCCAUGUUAUAGAAAUCUGUCUCCUCUCACGCUGUGCUAUAAUAUCUACCGUAGCUUAAUCCAGUAAAUGCAAUUAGAACUUAAAUUCAUUUAAAUGCAUUAAAAAGGCGAUGACCAUUAGGUCUGCAGUGUAGCUGCUUAUUGGUAAAUAUUUAGAUAUCAGGUGAAUGCUAUCAUACUGUAUGAUUCAGUGCUAAGUAUUUAAACAUGUAAUAUUCAGAUAAACUUUACUAUGUAGUUAAGAAUUAAAGAUCAUUAUUGACCUGAAAACAGCAAAUAAUCUCACAACAAGGUCCAUUUAGUAGAUGCUCUAGAGCUUUGUCACAUGAUCUUCCUCAGAACAUAGGCUUUGCCAAGUUGUCGUGUAAAGUCCCUAAAGUGAAACAUCUACAGUGGACUACAACUGGAUAAACCUUAUCUCCUGAAAAAGAUCAUGGCUGCAUCCGAAAUUCCACACUUACAUGCUAGUUAGUAUGUUAAAACAGUAUGUGAGAUUUUUCAGUAUGUCCAAAACCUUAGUUUGAAACCAAUAGUAGCCUACAUGACUUGCAUACUGUUUCCAGCUUAAUAUUAUAGUAUGCAAACACUGGACAUCAUACUGACAUAAAUAUCCCAAAAUGCAAUGUGGUAGUGACGACCGCGCACUUAACAGACGUUGACAGACAGCAUAUGUAUAAGAUUUCACUUUGCUAGGCACAAAAUGUUAACUUAGUGAAGAAGAAGAAAAGCUCAUAAUGUUUGUUAGCUUGUUGUCAGUUAUUGCAGGUGUCAGUAGAGCUGAUGUUGGCACAUGUUACCAUGGUUACACAUCUCCAUCUGUCGGGGAGGCUCUCAGGAAGUGACGUGGUAAUUACAGCUCUGUGCAUCUGAAAAGAUACUACUGUGUAAACAUAUUGGAUAUGUUAUAAAUAAUGUAUAAUUUUGGACGCAGCCCAUGUCAUGUGGUCAAAAGCUCCAGAACAGCUACUAAAUUUACCUUGUGAUAGAAUUGUUUUGUCAAAUAAUACAUAGGGUUUUUUAGUCUUUGCAUUAUUAGGGUGCCUUCUGGACCAGUUGUUUCUAAUGUAGCAUGUUUCAUCUUCUCAGUGUGCUAUCACCAGAUUCACGUUGGUCCAUUUCAGGCUGAUAUGUGUCAAACUUCCUGUUCAAAUCCUGUGCCUGACUCUUUACGUUUCUGUUUUUGAAAAUAUCAAAUGUCCUGAACAAUUAACAAUUAACACAUACUUAAUGCAACAGUGAUUUUUAUCCUAUUAAAGGAAUAGUGGGAGACGGGCUUGUAUGCUUUCUUGCUGAUGAGAUGAGAUGAGAAGAUGAACCACUUUCAUGUCUGCAUGAAAUUAAGCUUCAGCCAGCAGCUGGUGAACCAUGUAAUCCCACCUCAUUAAGUACCGCCACUUGGUCAGUAGACAUAAACAGCAAAAUAUGACGUGCUAGGUACCCUCCUGCGUCAGUUUUGGACAUUCUGGGAAGGCGUUUUCUGCUCGUUACACGCAUGCAGUCUUUUUCAAAAUACGUAAACUUGCACCGUACCGCUAACACCUCGGUUCAACAUUUACUUCCUUAAAUUUAGGCAACAAAAGCAUGUGGUAAGGUUCGGGGAAAAAAGACAUAAUGGUUUGGCUUAAAAUCAGUACGGUUGUUACUGACAUAAUGUAACGUCAUGUCAUCACAUGGCGGUGUUUGAUGAGUUGGGAAUGAGAACAGGCUGGUUGAACUUAAUUAAGCAUGAGAACUGGAAACAAACAGCAAGCAUGGCUCUGUCCAAAGGCAACAAAAUCUGCUAACCAUACCUCUAAAGCUAACUUUAGAUUUUGUUAGCAUUUGGACAGAACCAGGCAAGCUGUUUCCCCUCGUUUCCUGUCUUUAUGCAAAGCCAAGCUAAACUAACUGGCUGUAUGAGUGGUGUCAAUCCUCCCAUUUAGUUCUUUCUUAAGCAAGAAAGCAAACAAGCAUAUUUCCCUUUCCCCUCUUUUAUUUUAGAGUGAAAACAAAAGUCAUGACAUGAGCCUGAAUUGUUUGUUUUUUGGUGGAGAAAGAGGGCUAGUAAUUCAACUGUUUAUUCCUUUGUGCUCCUUUUGUUUAUGUUAUUGUACUUUAACCUAAACCAUUGCCAAGGGCCUACACAGAACAUGCUGGUAUUGCAAACAAAGGUACAAGGAUGUUUGAAUUAUGAACUCUGUAAAUCUGAUACCCUCGCAGCUGAGCACAGCUGCGCCGCUCUACCAUGCUGAAUCAGUUUAAUGAGGUACUGUAUGGCCUUAACCACUGAAUGAGCAUGUUGCUCAAAUGUAUAGGUGACCUAGAUUCAUGUUCACUGCAUCAGAAAUGAUUGUUAAAUUCUAAAUAAUACAUGCAAUGGCCACAUUGUGUCUGCAUGAUGGAUCUGCAGAUGUCUACCAAAAACAGAAAACCUGUUUAACAUGCAUGAGCCAUAUCUACUUAGAAAUUGAAUUACGUCUAGUUUCUUCCAGCUCCAUGCCAUCCCUGUUACAGUUCCUCCUUUGUACAAGGUGACAGCGCUGAAGGUAACAGGGUUUAUAGGCCUGUUUAAGGGCUGGAUUAGCAUUAGAUUGGUAAAGGCCAAGGAAGCAUGUAUGUAAUUACAUACAUUUUAUAGACUGUUAAAAUAAAUAUAUAUAUUUUCUGAAAUUGGGGGUAAAUCUGGGUUAACAUGUUGUGACUCAUGCUUUACUCACUCAUUAAAAACAAACUGAGAUUGUAAACCUACUUGUUUUCCUUCCUUGAAAAUGAUGUAAAUGCUAUAAUGCUUGAAGAUGAACAAUAUCUACACAGUGACAGAUUUAAGAGUUCAUUGAGCCUUAAAAUUAUGUUUGUAUUUUACUUCUACUUAUUUACUGGUUUGUGUAAACAUUUACUAGUCAUGCUAGCUGCUCGUUCGAUGGUAAUAUUGGUUUGUCAGUCAGUUUAUUGCUAAUUAGCAAAUGUUAGCAUGCUAACAUGCUAUACUAUGGUGAUAAACACAGUAUAUUAUACCUGCUAAUCAUGAGCAUUGUCAUUGUGAGCAUGUUAGCAUGCUAACACACUAAACUAAGGUGACUAACAUGGUAAACAGUAUAUGUGCAAAUCAUGAGCAUAUAAGCAUUGUCAUUUUGAGGGGAGCGUAUCUAUGUUUCCCGGGUUCUAUGUUUCCCAGGUUCUAUGUUCCCCACUUAACCCUGCAAAAAUGGUUCUAUGUUCCCUGCUUACACAAAAAAGGUUCUAUGUUUCCCGGGUUCUGUGUUCCCCGCUUACCACCCAAAAAGUAUGUUUCCCAGGUUCUACAUUC